CCCACAACCACCCCGCGGCUUAUUAGAGGGCAGGCCUAGCUAGUGAGACAGGAUGCAUCUGCUACCGAGGGAAAAGGACAAGAUCUUCUUGCACCAGGUCGGAUCGCUGGCGCAAAAGAGGCUCGCCAGGGGGGUGCGCCUGAACCAGACAGAGGCGACUGCCCUCAUUGCCUCGGUGCUCCAGGAACGGAUCCGGGAUGGCAAUCACAGCGUCGCCGAGCUCAUGCAGCACGGCAAGACGCUCCUGGGCCGCAACCAUGUGCUGCCAGGCGUCGAAUCGCUCCUGUACGAGGUCAUGGUCGAGGGCACAUUCCACGAUGGAUGUUUCCUGGUCACCGUCCACGACCCCAUCUGCACGGCAAAGGGCAACCUCAAGGAUGCCCUCUACGGCAGCUUCCUGCCCGUGCCCAACGACAGGCUCUUUGGUCCGGCAGAGGAGGACGCCGAGGGGCUCUCGGGCGCAGUCGUGGUCAAGCAAAACGCCGACAACAUCGUCCUGUCGCCCGGAAGAGAGCGGCUGGCGAUGAAGGUGACAAACACGGGCGACCGGCCGAUCCAGGUCGGCUCUCACUAUCCCUUCCACGAGACGAACCCUGCCCUGCUCUUUGCUCGCCUGUCGGCCAUCGGCUUCCGUCUGGAUAUCGCAGCAGGCACGGCAGUGCGCUUCGAGCCGGGCGACGUAAAGACGGUGCCGAUGGUGAGGAUCGCCGGCAACCAGAUCGUGGCAGGCGGCAACGGCAUCUACAACGGUCCCCUCUCGGCCCUCGCCUCCAAUGCGGCCCUCCUCGCCGAGGUCAAGGGCCGCAUCACGUCGGGCAGGUUCCAAGACGAGAGCGAGAGCGCCGAGGCACUCGCCGCCCCGCCACCCUGCAGCCUCAGUCGAGAGGCAUAUGCGGCCCUGUACGGCCCCACGGUGGGCGACAAGGUCCGCCUGGCCGACAGCCCGCUUUGGAUCGAGGUGGAGCGGGACAUGACUGCGUUUGGAGACGAGUGCAAGUUUGGUGGAGGCAAGGUGCUGCGCGAUGGCAUGGGCCAGAUGACGGGAAAGGCCGACGCCGAGACGCUCGACACCGUCGUCAUCAAUGCGCUCAUCGUCGACUGGUGGGGUGUCGUCAAGGCCGACAUCGGCAUCAAGAACGGCCACAUCGUCGGCAUCGGCAAGGCCGGCAACCCCGACGUCAUGGAUGGUGUCACCGAGGGCAUGUACGUGGGGUCGUGCACCGACGUCGUCGCAGCCGAGGGCCUCAUCGUCACUGCGGGCGCCAUUGACGCCCAUGUCCACUACAUCUGCCCUGAUCUGUGCGAAGAGGCCCUUGCUUCGGGCAUCACCACGGUCAUCGGCGGCGGCACUGGGCCUUCGUCUGGCUCGUCGGCCACGACGUGCACGCCGGGCAAAGACCAUGCACGCUUCAUGCUGCGCGCCACCGACGACAUUCCCCUCAACUUUGCAUUCACAGGCAAGGGCAACGACAGCAAUCCGGGUCCGCUCGAGGAGCAGAUCCGCGCUGGCUGUGCGGGUCUCAAGCUGCACGAGGACUGGGGCACCACGCCGCGCGCCAUCGACACGUGCCUCAGCGUCUGCGACCAGUUCGACGUCCAGUGCAACAUCCACACCGACACGCUCAACGAGUCUUCCUUUGUCGAGGGCACCAUUGCCGCAUUCAAGGGUCGCACCAUCCAUACCUACCACUCGGAGGGAGCGGGCGGAGGCCAUGCACCCGACAUCAUCACCGUCUGCGGCGAGAGCAACGUGCUGCCAUCGAGCACGAACCCGACACGGCCAUACGCCAAAAACACACUGGACGAACACCUGGACAUGCUCAUGGUCUGUCACCACCUGUCAAAGAACAUUGCCGAGGACGUGGCGUUUGCCGACUCGCGCAUCCGCGCCGAGACGGUCGCGGCCGAAGACGUGCUCCAGGACCAGGGCGCCAUCAGCAUCAUUUCCUCCGACUCCCAGGCCAUGGGCCGCAUCGGUGAGGUGGUCAGUCGCACGUGGCGCACGGCAGCCAAGAUGCGCCAGGUGCGCGGGCCCCUGGAUGGCGACGCUGCAGGAAACGACAACAAUCGCGUCAAGCGAUAUGUUGCGAAAUACACCAUCAACCCAGCCAUCGUGCACGGCAUGUCGCACCUCAUCGGUUCGGUCGAGGAGGGCAAGCUGGCGGACCUGGUGCUGUACAAGCCGAGCAACUUUGGCACCAAGCCAGAGAUGAUCAUCAAGGGCGGUCAGAUUGCCUGGGCGCAAAUGGGAGACGCCAAUGCAUCGAUUCCAACGGUGCAGCCCAUUUACGGCCGACCCAUGUACGGAGCUAAGCCAUGUGCGGCCCCGUUCAACAGUAUCGCCUUUGUGAGCGGCGUAUCGAUCAGCACCCGAACAAUCGCCGAGUACGGGUUGCGGAAGCGCGUCGAGGCUGUCGUCGGGUGUCGGAAAGUGACAAAGUCCGACAUGAAGCUCAACAGCGCCCUGCCCAAGCUCACCGUCGAUCCAGAGAGCUACGACGUGCUGGCAGAUGGCGAGCUCUGUACCGUUCCUGCAGCGACUGCGCUGCCCUUGACACAGGCUGCGCACCUCUUCUAGUCUAAUGCCCUAUUUCCUUCCUGUCAACUGAAAAACCAAAAGUUGGAACCCGCGGUGGCUCUCGCGUACCACUCUUUCCUUUCUUUUUUCCAGUGGAGGGAGGAAGGGCCUGCGCGCGGGCCAACGGAAAUAGACGGGGUUUCAGGCCCGCGGGUUCUGAGCAAUAUUGUUGAAAUUUCAUUCUGGACAUCUAC